CUGUCGGGCGGCCAUUUUGUCUCUUCGGCUGUUCGGAGGAAGGUGGUGCGGCCUGAGAGCGGGCCGCGGAGGUCGGCGGCCGCGUCGCCGGCGUUUCGGUGGGCGGGUGCGAGGGCUGGUGGCAGCAGCCGCCCGUACAAAGCACCAUGAUUUCGGCUGCGCAAUUGUUGGAUGAGUUAAUGGGCCGGGACCGAAACCUGGCCCCGGACGAGAAGCGCAGCAACGUGCGGUGGGACCACGAGAACGUUUGUAAAUAUUACCUUUGUGGUUUUUGUCCUGCAGAAUUGUUCACAAACACUCGUUCUGAUCUUGGUCCAUGUGAAAAAAUUCAUGAUGAAAAUUUACGAAAACAGUAUGAAAAGAGUUCUCGUUUUAUGAAAGUUGGCUAUGAGAGAGAUUUUUUGCGAUACUUACAGAGCUUACUUGCAGAAGUAGAACGUAGGAUUAGAAGAGGCCAUGCUCGUUUGGCCUUAUCUCAAAACCAGCAGUCGUCUGGGGCAGCUGGUCCAACAGGCAAAAAUGAAGAAAAAAUUCAGGUUCUAACGGAUAAAAUUGAUGUACUCCUGCAGCAGAUUGAAGAAUUAGGAUCUGAAGGAAAGGUAGAAGAAGCCCAGGGAAUGAUGAAGUUGGUUGAACAGUUAAAAGAAGAGAGAGAAUUGCUAAGAUCCACAACCUCGACCAUUGAAAGUUUUGCUGCCCAAGAAAAACAAAUGGAAGUUUGUGAAGUGUGUGGAGCUUUUUUGAUAGUAGGAGAUGCACAGUCCCGAGUAGAUGACCACUUGAUGGGAAAACAGCACAUGGGCUAUGCCAAAAUAAAAGCUACUGUAGAAGAAUUAAAAGAAAAGUUAAGAAAAAGAACUGAAGAACCUGAUCGUGAUGAACGCCUUAAAAAGGAGAAGCAAGAAAGAGAAGAGCGAGAGAAGGAGCGGGAGAGAGAAAGGGAAGAAAGAGAGAGGAAAAGACGAAGAGAAGAAGAAGAAAGAGAGAAGGAAAGGGCUCGUGACAGAGAAAGAAGAAAGAGAAGUCGCUCACGAAGUAGGCACUCCAGCCGGACUUCUGACCGGAGAUGUAGCAGGUCCCGGGACCACAAAAGGUCACGAAGUAGAGAAAGGCGGCGAAGCAGUAGAGAUCGACGAAGAAGCAGAAGCCAUGACAGAUCAGAAAGAAAACAUAGAUCUCGCAGCCGGGAUCGAAGAAGGUCGAAAAGUCGAGAUCGAAAGUCCUAUAAGCACAGGAGCAAAAGUCGGGACAGAGACCAAGAUGCCAAAUCCAAGGAUAAAGAAAAGAGAGGAUCUGAUGACAAAAAAAGCGUGAAGUCCAGUAGUCGAGAAAAACAGAGUGAAGAAACAAACACUGAUUCGAAGGAAAGUGAUACUAAGAAUGAGGUCAAUGGGACCAGUGAAGACAUUAAAUCUGAAGUGCAGCGUAAGUAUGCACAGAUGAAGAUGGAACUAAGCCGAGUAAGAAGACAUACAAAAGCAUCUUCUGAAGGAAAAGACAGUGUAGUCCUGCAAAACAUUUUGAGGUACAUUGUUUUGUCUCAGCUAUUCUGUAGCAGACUCGUGCCCCCGUUAGUGUGCCUCUUUGGAAAUUAUUGCCCACAUUUGUAAUAUGGUCACCAUUAAAAAGUUAAUUAUCCUUUUUUUUUUUUUUUAGGGAUUUUGCUGUCAUUUCUUUCUUUUUUUUUUUUAUGAAAAGGUUAAACUGUUUUUUCUUUUUGGUAUUAAGUCCAUCUUGUGUUGGUACAUUGGCAGAGACAUAUGCUUUAAAAACUUAAUUAUUUCUGAGGCACAUGUUGGACUUUGUUUUAAUUAAACUGCUAGUAUUUCUUUGUCAAGGAUGUUUCUAGUUUUUUGCUUUAUUGCCUUGCAUUCUAAUGCAGUUUGUUCUGUAACUCGAGAGCCAGUAGCAUUGGAUUGAUGGAAGUGUAGGGUUUAUGAAUUAUUGCAGCUGACUACCAUACCUCACACAGCGUUGGUGUUGUGAGCGGCCCAUGAAAAGCCAAUUUAAAAAUCAAGGAUUCAGUCAAACUAAGCAGGUACUCAUGCCAGGUACUCCUUUCUCUACCCACAUCCAUGUUUGAAUGCUAUUGCCUGUGAUCUUUACGCUUAACUGUUGUGUAUCUUUUUUGUUCUUUACAAGAAGCGCAGAGGGGUUUUUUUUAUGUAUUGCGUGGAAACUUACAAAUCAAAUGUUAACAGACUGGAAUUUUUUUUCAACUGUAUGUAGGGAUGCAGUGGUGCCCAGAAUUAGAUAUCUUUAAAGAAUUUUAAAUACAAUAUACACUUCAUAUUAUUCGCCUUACAUUCAAUGCAAUUCUCAAGUCUUUAAGAGGUAUGUGUUUAAUAUUUCCUACUGUGUAGGAGAAUUUGCAGUCAGCCAUAGAUAAAUAGGAGUAGUCACUGGCUGAUAACAUUUAUUUAAAGUAGAGAACAAUAUUUAAUAGCAAGAACAGAUACCUUCAGUCUGAGAUCCAAAGAACUGAUGAACUGUAUGAAUGAGCUUGGGUUUUCAAAGAACUAUUUAAAAGUCAGUUUUCUAUGUGUUCUUAAAACCUAUGAACUGUUCAUUCUUUGGGCUAGUGGCAUGGGAAGAAAUAUUCCUGCUGAAAGAAAGUACCAAUUAGUUGAUUUGUUGAUGGCAUUCCUUUUGUAGGAGAGCAAUAUAGUGUUACGUAUUUAUGCAAAGCAUACACAGGCACAUGGCUUUAAGAACCACACGGAUGCCUUGAUUACUAAAAAUAAUACAAACAUUUCAUAUACACAUUACUUAAACUUAGCAGUUAGUGACUGGGCCAACACUUAUUCUUAACAUUUUGUGUUUUACAUGUUGUCUGAUUAUCAUUUUUCCCCACAUUUUGCAUUAUAGGACUGCCCUUGGAAGAUUGUUGGAAGAAUACUGACAGCGGCAUACAGUGAAGAUCGGCAUUAAAAUGAGGUGAAAGAAAACUAUAGUGGCAUAGAAAAAGUAUAAAGUUCAGUUAGUUGUUCUCUUUUGGUUUUUUUUGUUUUUGUUUUUUUAAUUAAAAAAUUAAUUCAGGACUGAUAUGACCUACCAGAUUUCAGACAUGUGUUAUUAGCAUAUAUGCCACUGAAAAGUUAGGUCCUGUAUCAUAUUUUUUCCUUAAGACUUUUUAAGAAAUAUUACCUAAAUAUGUGGCUUGCUCAGUGUUUACUUGCAAGUUUUCAUUCUUGGACUUUGAAAACAGGAUAAAACAUUAGUAUUUGUGUGAAUCAGGCUAAGUGGGAUUCCAUUUUUACAACUCUGCUAUACUUAGCAUUUGAAUUUAGAAGUAAAAAUAAAGUAUCUCAGACUUUCUGUUACAAAGUUGAUUGUCUCUGUCAUUGAAAGCUUUAGUAUUGAUCUUUUUCUAAUAAAGUUAUUGACUCUGAA